UGACAUUUUGUGUUUGUGGAUGAAAGAAGAAGAGAUGGAAAUUUCCGGCGAGGAGUUGAGGACUGUGAACCUGAAGCCGAUUGAAGCGACGCCGGAGGCGUUUGGGGAGUACGGUCAGGUUGUGGAGGCCUCGCCGGACGGCGACGAGUUUGGUCCUCGUGAUGCUCAGCUAGACCUUAGCCGUGGAGUUCCCAGGUUCUACAUUAUGCACCUUGAAAAUCGACCGCUGAAGUUUACCAACAUUACUCAUCACGCCAGCGUCACGCAGUGUCUUGGGGCCAUUGGCGGCCAUGUUUGGUAUCUCGGAGUUGCUAAGCCUUCCAUUGUGGAAGAGAAGGGCAACAAUGUGGUGAAGUCUCGUUGUGCUUCUGGUCAUUACUAUGUGCCUCCUUCUGUCGAGGAUGUUCGUGUUUUCAAGAUUACAGGUCCCAAAUUUCUCAAGCUUAACCGGGGGACAUGGCAUGCAGGGCCUUUGUUCAGGGCAGAGAGCAUGGACUUCUACAAUUUGGAGCUCAGCAAUACCAACGUGGUUGAUCACACAUUACAUGACUUCGUGAAGGAAAAUGGAGUUAAGUUUCUAAUAGACGAGUAGCUGUAACUUUCCGGUUCUGGUUCAACUUCUGAACUUGUUUCCGAUACUCUGUAUCUUAAAGUAAAUACUUGCUAGUGACUGCAAUUGCUGAAGAUGCAAUGUGCUCAAAAUGAAAUUUCUUCCUUGCAAUAAUAAUAUCAUGUAGUUACUUUCA